AUGACUGGCUUUGCCAAAUUCGCCCUCUCAGUCCAAAAAGUCCGGGCCGCGAUCCGAAAGAAAGGCAAGGAAGCCAAGCGGGAAAGUAGUAAACAUGCAGUUCUACCGUCCACGCCAUCCCCAUGGGAUCUCCCCGUCGAGAUUCAAAUCCGCAUAUUCGCCUACUGCGGUAUUGUUGAUUUCCAUCCGCUGAGACUCGUCUGCAAGGCGUUCUACCAGCUACUCACUUCCAAUGAACACGAGAUUGUACGCCAAUAUCUCCGUCUACGUCGUCACGGCACCCUCCCUUCCCCAAUUGAUGACGAUCGCAUCUACACGCGCAACCCGGGCGACGAUGUCGUGCUCUUGUCGGACCUGUUCCCUCCCUCCAAGAGUGCCCGCGGUGGACAUCUUUACACGUUCAAGUAUCUGCAUGGGCUUCGUCGCAGACAAAUGCUCUGCUCGAGACUCUGCUAUUAUCUUGCAGAUCGCAUCCUCGAUCGAUUUAUCCAAACCGAACCGGCCGUCAUGAAAGCUUCGUUCCCUUCGAAGCGAAACGAACGCAAUGCUCUCGUCAAACGAGGCAUAGCCAGCAUAUGGUUCCAUCUUGCACCGCUCAUGUACUACACCCUCUAUUUCCUCGAAACGUACGCCUCCGCUAGACGCGAACACACCAAUAUGUUGGUUCAAAAAUACGAAGCUGGAAAGUUGCCAGUCCCCUUCCCGCUCGAAAUUCGACAGAGGAUGUAUCGUGAGCUUCAAACUCGCAUCUUGCAAACACCCCCAUUCACCAACACCGCGGCACUGGUAGCAACACAUCACUGUAUGCAUUUACUCGUCUCAUACAUACGAUACACGAUGAAUUCCGAGGUGCAAGUGGAAACCGACGAUUCAUGGAUCAGCUCGCUGCUGACAUUGGCGCCCUUCGUGCGCAUCGUGGAGUUUUUCUCGGCAGAAAUUGGCGAUGGAGGAAGUCAGCGAACGCAGCGCAAAGACUUCAUGUACAACUUCUAUCACGACAUGACGAUGUAUCAAAAGGAUCAUAUGAACUCUGUUGUUUUUGCGCGUGCCUCUGCACAAAACUUGCAUAGCUCUGUGGAUGAUAUUUGGUUUGCCGCUGCCGAGGCGGAGUUGAGGGCUCGAAAUGCUAUGCCCCAUGAUGUGGAGCAUGUCUGGGUGUGGAAUGGUAUUCCUAUUGUUUUUGGGUGUCCGCAUUGCCAUCGUACAAGAGGAUGGCAGGCUUGA